AGUGUGUGCCAUCAGAUAGCACACUAGAAAGGAAAGAAAACCAGAGGAAGACCAGAAAGCAAGCUUAUCAUGAAAGGGGGUCCGUUUGAAAGGAUCAGGACUUGUUUUAAAAAAUGAUGUGAACCAUUUCCUACUGGAGGGUUAACGUCCUGAAAUAUCAGUUGUCUUUACAUUAGAUCACUGUAUAACUCAAUAUAACACUGGAUUCUAAAGCAUUGCUUUGGAAUGGGAAAAGCGUCCACCACAAAGGAUGUUAAGUGUGGUCACCACGUUCAAGCUUGAGUUAUCAGCGCUUUAGAAAAGAAAUUAAAACUACUGAUCUUGAGCUGACACAACGGGAGAGUGGAAGAUGGAAGGAGAGAUAAUGAAGAUGAACAAGAAGAUGUGAUGAAAAGAAUGAUGGUGGACCAGAGGAGGUAAAUUGCUGUGGAUGGGAACCUCUCUGCAUCCUCUGUCUUCCACAUGACCCCACUCUCCUGCUGCUCUCAGCUCCCGUUAAAACCAUAACAUUCUCUAACAUACACUGGCAGUAUGACAUCCACUCCACAGAUUCUGGCCUUUAAGCUCUCCCCACCCUCUCAGGAUGAGAGUUCAGAGCGUCUGUUCAACUGUGAUGAGAACAUUGAACGGAGCUACGAGGUGAUUCCGGCUGUCGUCUGUUCCAUGUGCUGUCUCUUUGGCAUCAUCUACUGCUUCUUUGGGUACCGCUGCUUCAAGGCCGUAAUGUUCCUUACAGGUCUAAUGUUUGGCUCCAUCAUCAUUUUCAUGCUCUGCUAUAAGGAGAGGGUCAUGGAUACUCAGCUAAGUGUGGAGGCCAGUGUGGGCAUCGGCCUGGGCAUUGGCACUCUGUGUGGCUUGGUUACUAUGCUGGUCCGCAGUGUGGGGCUUUUCAUGGUUGGACUUCUCCUGGGUUUACUGGUGGCCCUUGCCUCUCUGGUGGUUCUGGAAGAGUUUUAUCACCCGAGGACAGUGUGGCUUCCUCUGGGUGUGCUGCUGGGAUCAGGCAUGCUGUUUGCUGUGCUCACGUUGCAAUGGCAGCGCUGUUUUACAACCCUCUCCACUGCCGUCUUUGGAUCAGCCGUGGUUACGGUGACUGUGGAUUAUUUUGUUGAGCUGUUCGCUUUGACACGAUACAUCUACGAGAGGGUGAAGGUGGAUCCACCUCGCCCUGUUUGCUGGUUCACAUGGGUGGUCAUGGGAGUUUGGCCCGUGCUAGCGCUGCUUGGUGUUCUGAUUCAGUGGAAGGUCACGGCUGAAGGAUAUUCACACACAGAAGUCUUCAUCAGUCACCAGCAGAGAAGAGUGCAGUUAAUGCGAAUUAGUCAGAAGGUAGAAAGGAAAGAAUGCAGAAAGAAGAAGAAAAAGCCACAAAAACAGCCACCGCAGCAACAGAAGUACCACCACCCCCCUCAGUCCAACCCUCGUCCACCCAACCCUACACCCAAACUCCAGCAUCCAGAGCCCACCCACCGUCGGAAACCCAACACCAAUCGCCGCUUUGAUGGAGAUAUACUUUCUCCGAGUUACAUCCAGAACUUUUGUGACAGGCGUGCAGACAGGAGGGGCUACUCUCACGACAGGUUGAUUGGUGGCUCACACAUUGUAGAUUUAGACUAUGACUGUGGCUCCCAAGUGCCACUAACAGCCCAAACAGGCCCUGCAGUGAGAGGUUGACCCAGUUCCCCUACUGAACAGGAGAUACACAGCAGCAACCAAUCUGUGAACCAAGAACGUACCGGCUGGAUCAAAUCAAAUAGCUCAAGGGACUCUUAUACCCAAACCGAUUUGCCAUGUUCCCAUGCAUUUUUUGCUAAGUAAGUGUGAUGCUGUUUUGGUUGCAUCAAAUGGAUUGUUUACCUACAACACAGAGUGUUAUAUUUUGCACACCACUGCCUAGUUUUGCUCCUUUACUCUAUUUUGUAUUGCUGAAGAUGGGUGUAGUAUGUGCAUCUGCCCUUCUGAGGCUCUUCUACCCAUAAUUAAGCAGAUAUCUCACUUUGUUCAGGAAGAAUGGUCUCAUAAUCACAGCAGCAAUUUUAAAGAAGGUACAUUAUGUUCAAUCCGAACAUGGGACCAAAUACAGCUUUGACUUUUAAGUGACUAAGUUGUCAUAUAGCAUGCACAGGUUCUGCAGUAUAGACCAUUCAUAUAUCUGUUUACAGAGUAAAACUUUUUUUUUUUGACCUGUUAGACAUGUUUCAGAUAAUGCGUUGUUUACAGCACAGGCAGGGAUGUAUGUACCAUUUUAUAACAGUUUCAAAUGGCUUUAUCUGCUAUGUGUCAGGACCUACGCAAUUUCUGUCAAACCAUGUAAGGUGAAAACAAGAUCAAUUCAGCCUGAGCCUAUUGCUGAAACCACAAAUAAUGAAAUGUCUUGUGUGUUUAUCUUUGUCAGCCAAUGCAUGUGGGAAAAAGUGCCACCAUUACUUAUUUGUGAAGUAGCGAUGCAUUGCUUUCAUUUUUUUAAACCUGUUGUUAGACGUCCCAUUUAUGUCUGUUGGCUAUUGUGGCUCCCAGUUAAAUCUCAGGGGCUGUGGUAGCAAGGGGAGGCCUAACGAUGUAACUGUGAACACUUAAGGGGUUUGUAUGGAUGAUUAAAAAGUGUCCUUGUCUACUGUGAGAGAGUUUUGAAAGUAAUGAAAGGGACUAAAGAAAGAUGCCUGAGGGGGAAUUAGAAUGGUGGACUUCCCACCGCAAAGGAUGUUGUGUAUUCCUGUGUGUGUUUGUAGAAAGCAUGAAAAGGAGAGAGGGGGAGAGAAAUAGAGAGAGUGUGUCUGUACGUGUAUUUGGGUGUGUAUGCAGAAAGAGAGAAUCUUUUGUGUGUGGUGUGUGUGUGUAGGUUUGUUGAAAGCAUUUGUGCAUACUGGUCUUAAUUUCUGAUUUAUCUUAAUAUUUGGAUGCAGAGUGAUUUCACACCCAGUUUCUCCUCUGUGUUUAUCAGGGCUGUAAGAGCAAUGAAGUCACAGUCUAAUCUCUUCCUCUCUCUGGAGUAGUGAAAGGGCUCAAAGGCUUAAAUUCCUCUCUGUUUGCCAUGUUUUAAAGGGACAGCUUGGAUCUCUAGUAAAAUUUUGUACAUUGUCUGAAUGUAUAUAUGCUUACAUGCAAUUCUGUAUAAUUGCUAGUGCUUUGAUUAAUAUUUUUAAUGUUGUUUUUUUUUUCUUCCUAAUCAGUGGUUACAUCUGUGUGAAGAACUGUCCUUUUGACAAAUGUGUCAUUGAUAGUCAUUUGUAAUUAUAAUUUAUUUCUAAUUUAAUAGAUAAGGAUUUCAAGUGGAACUCUGUAUGUAAUUAAAUUGAUGUCGACCAUUAUUAUUAUUGAGCAUGAAUUUGUACAAACUUUAUGACCAUAAAUGUUGUGCUCCUGAAGUCAAAUAUGCUUUUGUGUAUGUGUCCAUUUCCCUCUUAAUACAUUGCUGUUUAAAACAGACGUAUUUGGUCUAUUUGAAGGCAGUAGAGGCCUUUGAGGCACAGGGUGAAACAUAUUAAAUUGUGUUCAGUAGUUACUGGUGGGCAUGCACCAGCAAUGAAGGCAAAACAUGCUCAAGUACCUCUGUGAUACACUGCAUAAUGUUCCAUUUUAAAAAUAAAUGUGCAAAUCUCCACAGGGGCAGAAUUCAUUUACACUGAGGAAAAUAAAAAAAAAA